AAGAAAGCUGAAUGAAAUCAGUCGGCCAACAAGUGGAAAAUUAUUCAGCAUAAAUACGCCGACAAAGUUGUAUUGUUAUUGAUAUCAAAAUGGCAUCACGAAGAGCUCUUCAUUUCGUAUUUAAAAUUGGGAAUAGACACGAAACAGCAAAGUUUUACAGAGAUGUGCUUGGUAUGAAGUUUUUGCGUCAUGAAGAAUUUGAAGAAGGAUGUAAAGCUGCUUGUAAUGGUCCGUAUGAUGGUCGAUGGAGUAAAUCCAUGGUGGGCUAUGGACCGGAAGAUGAUCAUUUUGUCGUAGAACUAACGUAUAAUUAUGGUCUUGGAUCCUAUAAAGUAGGAAAUGAUUUUCAGGGUAUAGCAAUAGCUUCUAAUAAAGUGUUAGAGAAUAUCCAGAAGACAAACACACCAGCCACGGUUGAAAAUGGUGUGACAACUAUCAUAUCACCGGGUGGUUAUAGAUUCUUUAUUCUUCCUGCAGAUAUAAAUGGAGACCCUGUACAGAAAGUUAUACUUGGAUGUUCUAAUCUACAGAAUACCAUUGAUUAUUGGACAAGAUUAUUAGGAAUGAAAAUAUACAGUCAGACUGAAAAAUCUGUCGUUCUAGGGUAUUCUGAUAAUAAGUGUAAAUUAGAAUUUAUUGAUUUAGGAGUACCUAUUGAUCAUGCAACAGCUUUUGGCCGAAUUGCUUUUGCAUGUCCUAAAGAGCAGUUACCAGCAUUAGAACAGUUAAUGAAGAAUGAAAAUCAGAAGAUAUUGACCCCAUUGAUAAGUUUAGAUACUCCUGGCAAGGCAACAGUACAAGUUGUUAUAUUGGCUGAUCCUGAUGGCCAUGAAAUAUGUUUUGUUGGAGAUGAAGCGUUUAAAGAAUUAUCACAAGUGGACCCAAAAGCUGAUUCUCUUUUAGAUGAGGGUUUAAAGAAUGACAAAAGUGAUGAAUGGUUCGCGAAACACAACAAGUCGAAAGCUGCAGCGUAAAAAACAGGAUCUGAUCUCUUACCCAUCAUAUUCUAAAAAUCAUAUUAGACUGUUAACCCAUAUGUCAUGUUCUGGAUGAAAGAGACUUUUUGACUAGAUUUUACCAGUUUUAAAACAUUAUAAAAUACCCAAAUUAUAUGAUGAAGGAAAAUAUUUGCUUAAAAUUUAACAUCUUCAAUAUUUGUACCUAAAAGUUUUUGGGAAGAGGAAUCAAAUACUUUUUGUUUAGCAUGACGAAAUAAGAAGCCAAAUUUUUAAACAGGUGCUCCUGAAGUAUGAUAUAAGUUAUAUAUCCCAACAUCGUCUUCCAAUCUUAUACAGGUUUAAAGGAGCAUAAAGCAAUAGGAGUUCAAAGUUCAAUUCUAUAUUGACAACAGGCCCCGAGUUCACAAAGCAUUCUCAGACUUAAGUUAUGAAUUUACUUAAAACUGAUCGCCUUAUUGUAACUAAAAUACAGCCCCUUAUAAAACUUUUGUUGUUUUAAUGUAUCAAAUACAUCAUUAAUAAAAGUUUUGUGUUUCUGGAUCAAAGAUAUUUCUCAUAAACAGUGAUUGAAAGUUGAGUAAAUUCUUAACUUAAGUCUGAGAAUGCUUUGUGAACUCAGGGUCAGGUCCAUAUUAAAUGUUGAUUUUUAAACUUUUAAAGAAAAUAUCAAUUUUAAAUGUUGACGAUUGACGUGUCCAAUAUCAUGACUUAUCUAUGACAUUUUUUUAUUUUUAAAGAUAUCUAUUAAAUAUACAUAAAUUGUAUCAUAUUUUUCUAGGGUUGAUUAAAACUAAAUAAAAAAAAUAUUUGUAGAACUUUAGAUAUUAGUUAUAUAAUAGCAAUUGACGAAUUAUUAAUUAAAUAUGAAGUCAAUUUUUGCUAACAGGUGAAUAUUUGAGGUCUUUUGUUUACUUGGGAUUAGCGAUUAGCUUGAUAUUAUGACAAGUUUUAACAUUAUCCAAAUAUUGUCCAUAUAUUUUUUUGUGUUUAUAAAUGUUACUGUAUUUUGUGUUUUGAGGUUUUCUUUAGAUAAUUAAUUUUAAAACAUAUGAAUUGACUGACAAGUUAGUUUACGAUCAUAUAUCGGAAUUAGAGUGAGGUUUAAUAUAACACCAAGGUGAUUUGAAAACAUGUAUUUAUUCCAGAAUUAAAUAAAUCAAACUGCUGGAAUAAAAUUACCUCAGUCUUGCCUACAUCUUCCUUUACUUUAAUCUAAAGGUACAGCAAUGAUUUACAAUCAAUACAUAAUAUUCUCAAAUUCUUAUCUAUAUUUAGCAUCUGGUCAUUUUCACACUCUGGUCAGUCAUGACUGGUUAAUAUAGCUCAAACAAGAGCCCUGGUAUAUACUUCUAUUUAACUAAGAUUUCUUAAAUUAGAACUUGGGUAUGUUUCACAUCACUCGGCAAACCUCAGCCGACUCCAGUACCCUACAUAUAGCCUCAGCUGUAUGACGUAGUCCGCCAUUGGAACUAUUUGUUAAAAUGGAUCUUGGGUAGGUUUCACAUAGGCAUUCAAAGACUAUAUAUGUUGUACAAAUUACCGGUAUGUAAAUUAAUUCAAAAAUCAUGUAUAUAACAUCAUGACAUCACAUGACUCAGUUGACAUGACAUUUCUUUUCUAUAUUUAGCAGCUUGUUGAAUGCCAAUUGACAGAAUAUUCUACGUCAAAUCAUGACCUUACACCUUGGUUGCCUAUUAUUGACAAAAUAUUUUGGGUAAAAUCAUGACCUCACAAGGUGCUGGACAUGACAUUUCUUCUCUUUAUUAAAGGGAAUUAUUGAAAUAAAAUUGAACCAUAUGUUAGUGGCGAAAUGACCUAGUUUGUGUUGAGAGGAUGUUAAACCCCAUAUCUCUCUCUCUCUCUUUAAACCGCUACACAUACAUUCAGUAGAGAUAUCUUUAGAAAUGUAAAAUUUUGACCAGAUGUAUUUGUACAAUUCUUUACAGCUAUGCAAAUUCUUUAGCUCUCCUGAACAGUUCGGCAAAACCCCAUGCAACCUAUGGCCUCAUUAGGCCUCGUCAGCAAUAAUAUGGAAAAUACGGGUUUCGUUUUUACGCUAAAAUGAUAUUUAAACAAGGCAAUAUUAAGGGUAAAAAAAAAUCCAGAUAGAUUAUACGUAAUGUUAUUACUUGUUGCACAAAGUUCUGUAGUUGUAUACUUUUUUAUUGGCCAAUCUGCUUUUAAUAAAAAAAAACACAACACGUUUUAUAUGGAAAACAAUCAACAAUUUGUACACAAAUGUUUAUAUUAUUGCUUGUUGCAGAAAGUACCCGAGUUGUAUGCUUUUCUUCUGGCCAAAUUGCUUUUCCAUAUUGGUUAUAUAUGGAAAUUGAUAUGGAAAACAAUCACUGUAUUCUACACAAGUGUUUAUGUUAUUGCUUGUUGCAGAAUACUUUAAUUGCAGGCUUUUCUUUUGGCCAAACAGCUUUUUCUAAAUAAUUGUAUUGAUGUUAUUGUAAUGAAUUAUUGUGUGUAUGCAAAUAUACAGCAUCUUUGAAUUUAAAUAUAAAACAUGUUAAAUUGAUGUAAUCUGUGCUUUAUCACAGCCAGGGUACUGUAAUUCUAUUGUAUCACAGCCAGGGUCCUGUAUUAUAUUGGAUCACAGCCAGGGUACUGUAAUUCUAUUAGAUCACAGCCAAGGUACUGUAGUUCUAUUAGAUCACAGCCAGGGUACUGUAAUUCUAUUAGAUCACAGCCAAGGUACUGUAAUUCUAUUGGAUUACAGCCAGGGUACUGUAGUUCUAUUGGAUCACAGCCAGGGUACUGCAAUUCCAUUGGAUCACAGCCUGGGUACUUUAAUUCCAUUAGAUCACAGCCAGGGUACUGUAAUACUAUUAGAUCACAGCCAGGGUACUGUAAUACUAUUGGAUCACAGCAGGGUACUUUAAUACUAUUGGAUCACAGCCAGGGUAGGCCUACUGUAAGGCCUACUGUAAUUCUAUUGGAUCACAGCCAGAAUUCUAUUUGUAUAAAAUAUAGAUGUGAAUGUUACUAUUAAUGUGACUGGCGAAAUGAAUUAUAAAUCAUGGAGUUUUCCUCAAAA